AUGGAACAAGCACAGUUGGAAGCUUUGAUGAGUCAACAAUUGAACGAGAAACUCCCCGAAAUCAAUAUCCCUUCGAAAAUCUUGUGUCGAGUUACCAAGGUUGAAAGAUUGGUUGAACGUCGCACAGACGAACUUUAUGUCGGAAUCACUCUUCAUCCGGAAGUUGAUCAAACACCCAGCAGAAGCGUUCAACCUGACCGGCCUGAGUCUCCACCGCCCAAACCGGUUCAGUCGUACAACAAGAUUUUAUCAACUUCUGAUGCUAGCACCCAUGGUGGUUUCUCCAUUCCGAAGAAGCUUGCCAUUGAAUGCUUACCUCCACUGGAUAUGAUCCAGAAGACUCCAACUCAGGAAUUCGCUGCCAAAGAUCUCCAGGGUCAUCUAUGGCGUUUCAGGCACAUAUACAGGGGCCAACCUCGAAGGCAUAUGCUCUCCACAGGAUGGAGUGACUUCGUCAAUAAGAAGCAGCUAGUAGCCGGAGACGAAAUCGUGUUCCUGAGGUACAACGGCGAGCUGCGAGUUGGGGUUCGUCGUGGUCAUCCCAGGCGGCAGCAGCAGGCAUCGAUUGUUAUAUCGAGCCAGAUCAUUUACUUGGGAGUUCUUUGUUCCACUAACCGUUCCAUUAAACCGGAAACCGUCUUUUAUGUCCAUUAUAAGCCUAGAACGACUCCGUUCCUUGUUGGGAUAAACAAGUAUCUGAAAGCCACUAGCCGUGCUUAUCAUAUCGGCAUGCGAUUCAAGAGUGCUGGUGAUGAUGGAUUCACAGGCACCAUUGUUGGUAUUGGAGAUUAUUCACAAUACUGGCCAGGCUCCCAAUGGCGAUCGCUCAAGGUGCGAUGGGAUCAUUCGGAAGGAACAAUUCUGAAGCCAGACAGCAGUGUUUCUCCAUGGGAGAUAGAGCCUUUGGCAGCUGAUCCAUCUCUGCAAAGUAGUGUUCUUCCUCAAACGAUAGUUAGGAAGAAAAGGUCAAGGCUUGACAUAGAUGUUCUAGCUUCUGCAGCUAUUAACUCCAUCCGGCGUCCUAGAUCGGUUCAAUCUCACCAGGAGGAGGAAUCAUCCUUAUUUGGAAGUGGGUUUGCAGGCCAAAACAACGGCCGUAAUAAUGUCCAUAAUUUGGAAGGUUUCCUUCCUAUGUCAACAGCUAAGUUCAACAGCGGCAACAAGGCUUCUUCAUCCACUGCUACUCCAUCAUCAGGAAUAUGGAACGAGCAGAUAGUUUCUUCACAGAGAGCUGAUAAUCACCAUCCUAUGGAAUGUCGAAUCUUCGGGAUCGACCUUGCUAGCAACAUUACUACUAAAGCCACCUCCAUGAUGCUCCAGUACUGCGUUAAUAAUCGAUCAACUGUCAAGAAUCAUUAUAACCGCACAAAGGUGCAUAUGCAGGGGACUGCUUUCGGCCGAACUGUUGACUUAAGUGGCUUAAAUGGGUACGAUGAUCUGAUAACCAUACUGGAAAAGAUGUUUGGCAUCAGAGGAGGAGAGCUCUCUGCUGGUGAGAAAUGGGUUGUUGUCUUCAUUGACGAUGAGGGUGACAUGAUGCUUGUUGGUGAUGAUCCAUGGCAGGAGUUCUGCAAGAUGGUGAAGAAGAUAGUCAUAUAUUCGAGUGAGGAGAUGAAGAAGAUGGAAGGGAGGUUCAAGUUUGUAAUGUCACCGUCAGAGGGUGAAGGAAGGCCGGUGCCCUCUCGCUAG